AUGCACGAAAAGCUGCGCGCGAGUCUGAUGUCCGAGCUGAAGUUGGACUGUCUCGUCAAUGGAACCUUCGCCGGAAUCGAGUUCUCCGAAGCGAAUCUCGCCACCUCGCGUCUGUCCUACAAGCUUUGGCACCCCGACGAGGAGGGAAUAUCACAGGGCGAGGGCAGUCCGUGGCAUCUUAAGAGCAAAUGGAUAGGCGGAAAUCCAUAUUAUGGAAAGGAAUUCUCGGCGCUCCCGAACGUGCCGCCCUACUGGUCGUACGGCUACUUGAGCUUCAAGCAGGCGUUGGACGACACGUUUUUGAAGAAAGCCACAAACGGAACGGCCGCGCUCGAUAAAGUGUAUCUACAACGAUUCCCAGAACCGCCAUUCCAAGAGCGUGGAAUACAACAAUUCCUCGAGUUCCUUCCGGUCAUCUACGCGUUCCUCAUCUAUCCCACCGUCCUCCACUUGGCGCGGGAGAUUUCCGCGGAAAUCGAUGCCGGCUUGAAGGACUUUAUGCGCGUGAUGGGACUGAGUUCUUCCGUUUUCUUCUUGACGCACGGCUUCAUCGCUUGGGUCAAGGCUGCGGUUAUCUUCACCAUUUGCGCCUACCCGAUUAUGACAUCAUUAGAGUUCGUCCCCUGGCAUUUGGUGCUUGUCGUCGUCUAUCUCUACUCGUUUGCCGUCAUCGCAUUUUCUAUGCUAUGCUCCUCGCUGCUCAAAACGUCGAAUAACGUCUUGAAAUUGGCAAUCGUCGCGUGGGUAGUGUCCGUCGGCGCUACAUUCAUCCGCCGUCCUUCCUUGGACCAAUAUGUCCAUUGCUACUUCUAUUCCCUAAAUCUCAACCAUGCCUUCCGAUUGGCCAUUGAGAUCAUGGCAGAGGCUUGCAAUAGAGAAUACCACCUCGGCUGGCCGCAAAUCUUCGACACGCCGAAGAUAGCGUUCAAUCUCUUUGGUGCAAUGCUGAUGCUUUUGAUUGAUUUCGUUUGGAUGACAGCUGCAGCGCUGAUCAUUGACGAUAUCCGCACAAACGAGGAGAGCUACUUCCUGACGAUUUUCAAGAAACGACAGAACAAUACGACAAUCGGAAAUGGCCGUCGAAACCCAGAAUUGGAGGAUCAGAUCGACUUUGUGCGCCAGGAGUCCGGGGCUGAUAUUCGAGUCGACGGACUGCGGAAGAUGUACCACACCGGAAACUGGGCGCUUGAGGGCAUGAACUUGAGGGCGAACAGGGGACAGAUCACCGUCCUUCUUGGUCACAACGGCGCCGGCAAGAGUACCACGUUCAGCAUCAUUUGCGGCCUCAUCGAGCCGACGCUCGGGGAAGUCCACGUGACCGAGAAGCCGGUCGGCCUGUGCCCGCAGAAAAAUUCGCUCUUCGACAAGCUGACGGUUCGGGAGACGAUCUGGUUCUUCCACCAGCUGAAGGGCAGCGAUACCGACUACAAACAAGAAACGGACGAAUACCUGAAAGCGCUGCAUUUCGAGGACAAGGCUGAUGAUCUCGUCCAAAACCUGUCCGGCGGCACGAAGCGGAAACUGUGCGUGGCGGUGGCGAUUUGUGGAGAAUCUCAGGCGGUUCUCCUCGACGAGCCGACAGCUGGAAUGGAUCCAGGUGCCAGGAGGGACGUCGAGAAUCUGUUGCAACACAUCAAGCCCCAUCGAACGAUCCUCCUGACAACUCACUAUAUGGAUGAAGCCGAGAGACUAGGCGAUUGGAUUUACAUCAUGCAGGCCGGGAAGGACAUCAUAAAUGGAUCCCCGGGAUACCUGAAAAAGCAAUAUGGAACCGGCUUCGUGUUGACGCUCGUCUCGGCAGCUGUUGUCGGAGGGAAAGCUGCCGAUACUGCCACGCCGGUCACGCCUGAAGAUGUGAUGGCCCUUGGAGACCGUGUGGUGACCGUUUGUGCGAAUGUCAUCGGAACAUCCGCCGCGACUUUUGCGAGAGGAAAACCCAGGGGAAGACAAAUCGAAAUCACGAUCCCCACCGAAUAUAAGGAGCUCUUCCCCGAGAUGUUCAAAUGGGUUGAGAGGGAAAUCAACGUGGUACGCCCGAAUCAGGCAGUUUUGCUGAGUUUUGGAGUCUCGCUGAACACGCUCGAGCAGAUUUUCUUGAAGGUCGGUGAACUCGGAGAGAAAGACGCGGCCAAGCAGCAGAACCAGCAGCAGCCGGCCAUUGAGGGCCCAAACAUUACGGAAAACUGGACAAAUGACACUCUGCGCCGCAAAUCUGGCCCCUGUCUCUGGGCCCACCAAUUCCGAUAUUUACUGUGGAAACGGUGGCUGUACAGCAAGAGAAAUAUUUCGCAAUUUAUCACCCAGGUUUUCCUGCCAAUCCUCCUGGUGCUGCUGGCCUGGGCUGUUGGCAACAGAUUCGCGGAUGGGCCCGGAAAAGAGUUCAACCUCUCGAAAGACCUGGAUUUGACGGCCGUCUCCCCGAUCAAAUGCACGAUGCAAGCGGACCCGAAUCGAACACGACACGAAAUUGACGUCUUUCACAAUUACCUGAAAACGCAUUGCGCUCAAUUCCUAUGGAUAGACGCGAAGACGUCGUUUGAUCAGCGGAUAUUUGAUGAACCAAAAUACCUCCCUGCCCUUGGCGUGGGUGUUCGUCUACUGGCCGACGGGACGAGGGCCAUUUUCAACGCUCAUGGAUAUCAUACAGCCCCGGCUGCCAUGCAUCUUGUGGCCAAUGCUAGGCUACGUCACUUUACUGGGAAACCCUCGGCGUCGAUCCACUCGUCCAUCCAAGUAUAUGCCCCGCUAAAGGAUGCUCGUCAACAUCAAGCCGAUGCGGCGGCCGAAGAUCAAGUGAAAAAUUUUCUACUCAUCCCGGUGUUGAUCCUGGCCUUUUCGCUGGUCUCCUCCACCUUUGUCAUGUUCCACGUCGAAGAGCGAGCCUCGCAUUUUAAACAUCAGCAACUGUUGACAAAGCUGCACCCGCUGCUCUUCUGGGCCUCCUCCCUCCUCUACGAUGCCGUCAUCUUUUUCACCGUCUGCUUGGUGUCAAUCGGAGUUUUCUAUCUGGCCGGUUGGAUGCAGGGAGCACUACAGUACGUGUUCCUGCUGUGGGCGCUGUAUUUCUGGGCCUGCUGCCCGUUCAUCUACUCGGUAUCAUAUCUCUUCGAGAGCCCCUCAAAGGCCAGCACUCUGCUCAUUCUUUGGCAGUUGAUCACCUCGAUUUUUGCCCUGAUCGUCGAGGCCAUACAGUUCGCCAUGGCACCCGAGAGUUCCGACUGGACCGGCACGUUCCUGGUAUUCCUGCUGCCGCCAUACGCGAUGGGUAACGGAAUGAAGGCGAUAGCCAUGUGGAAGGUCUUCCGCGAACUACCGCCAGAUUUUGCCAGCAUUGGGUCGGGCUGUAACCGAACUGAUCUGUGGGCCUGGUGUAUGCUGGGCCGCCCCGCCGCAAUGAUGUUCUUCUUCGGGCUGGCGAGUUGGGUGCUAUUCGUGUGCCUCUCCUCUCGUCAUAUCAGCCGUGGAUUCUCCACCCUGUGGGGUCAUAUCCCAUUCAAGAAUGCCCCUCCAAGAAUGGAUGGAGAACGAGAUGUGGAUGUGGAGAAUGAGGAGAGAUAUGUCGCCGAGCCGCUCAUUUCCAGGCCACAGCUUGUCGUGCGAAAACUGAAGAAAGUGUAUGGAUGGAACUUUUCGAAGCCGGCGGUUAAUGAGCUGACAUUUGCUGUCGAUAAGGGACAAUGCUUCGGAUUACUGGGAGUGAACGGAGCCGGAAAAACGACGACCAUCGACAUCAUCACCGGGUUGAGAUAUGCGACAAGCGGAAGUAUCGAAAUUCUGGGCGAGGAUGGACCGGCUACGGUGCCGAUCGGCUACUGUCCACAGUUUGAUGCCGUACUCCUCGAUUUGACGGGAAGAGAGACACUCGAGCUGAUGGCGUGUUUCCAUGGAUAUAACGAGCCAGAGAAAAUUGCGAGCGAGGCUCUGAGUGCCGUGGGAAUGCUGGGUCAUGGCGACAAGCAACUUCGCUAUUGCUCUGGCGGACAACGGAGGAAGAUUUCAUCAAAAUACAGCAGCGGCUAUUCGGUGACGGUAGUGUUGGCGGGGAAGAAUGUGAAGGAGGCGGCUGCUCUCCAAGGCGCGAACAGAUCGGAAGAACAUCGGAAAGUUGUCGAGCGAGUGGAUGAUGCGAUGAAGCAGACAUUCCCCGGGGCUGUCAUGCGAGAAGCCGGCGAAUCGCUCACCGUUUCUUGGCAGAUCCCAGCGACAACCACAACCAGCUGGUCGUCAUUGUGGCAGAAGAUGGUCAGUCUGGCGCCGCGAGGCAAUAAUCUCGAGAUCGUGGACUACAGCAUCACGCAGUGCAGUCUCGAGGAUACGUUCCUCAAUCUGUUGGGCAACGAGCAGAGGGCCGACCUGGAGAUGGACAGCAGAACCAGAGCAACACCACCAACCCAAGCCGCUUCAUCUAAUGCA